CGGUUUUGACCCUGUGCAGAAGAAAGACUUGGUGUGCCUCUCAAAGACGCGUGCUCCGAGUGAGAGCGAAAUGGAGGAGCAGAAGCAGCGAAGAGAGAGCAAAUGCUUCGACGACGAGCAUGACCUCUGCCUUCUUCUUGGUUCAUCCUCCCAUGGGCGACGCUGUUUAGGGUUUGGUUUCUCUCGUUAUUCCACCACCGCGAUAGCUUGCUUAGCCUUCUCCGCCUCUACUCUAUCGCCGUCCCUUGGACAUGCCUUUUUGGAACAGGAAGAGAAUCCCCAGGAAUAAUCUUCUCUCGUCUUAUUCUCCCUCCUCAGCCUCCGCACCCACCUCUCCGGGACGCACUGAUGGCGGCGGCAGCGGCCUCGGCCUUCCUAAGGAUCACCGCGUCCAUUAUUCCUCACGCCGCUGCCAACCGCAACCACGCCUUAUCCGCCAGAACAAUCUCCGCCGGCUCAUGGAACACGAGCUCAAUGCGUUGUGCCUGGACGCUGUGGAAGAUGCAUCGAGCUCCACGUCGGUAUCGGGGUCGCUCAGCAACCACGUCGCCUCUGCCGCCGCCACGAGUUCCACUCCGGUAUCCCGCUCCCGCUCCCCAAGCGAACUUUACAACGUCCCGGUGCGGUCUGCUUCGUCGCCGAUUGUCUCGCCGCGACCGCUUCCACUUCCAGAGUCCGUUACUCGAGCUUCGCCGCCAAGAGAGUUGAGAUCGGGACGGAACGUUUUUCUCUCUCCCGAAGAAUCGGCGGGUGGGCCUCUGCCAAGGGAUUUUAGCACGGUGGACGGGUUAGGCGGUGGAAUUGAUGCAGCUGCUGAGCCUACACCUCGUGAUUCAGGAUUAGGGAGGUCAUCUAAAGAACUAAAUUCUACCGGAACAACAAGCAAUGGCAUCGCAUUGAAUAUUCCGGCUAAAAGUGCUUUGACCGGUGAUCUUUUAAGUCCUGCUGCUAGUCCUGUGCGUAUCGCUAGGCGAUCAAGUGGUGUAGCGUCUUUGGUUUCUACCUCCGUCAAUGGCAUUCCAGGGUUUCACGUCUUGUCAGAGCCAGAAAUCCUUCAAAACAGUGUGUCUGCUUCCUCGUCUCAGGCUUCACCUAAGAUAAUGCAGAGCAAUGAGAAUUCUCCAGUAUAUGGUCUGGCAAUUAAAAACUACAGGAGACCUAGAAAUCAUAGUGCCCCGGCAUCCCCAUUGCACAGAGCAAUGCACUCGGACAUCAUGACUGCAUGGCAUGACAGGGGUGGAAAUGUCAAUGUCCACCCACUUCCUCUCCCUCCUGGUGCUUCAUCAAAAAUAGAUGGUCCGGUAGUGGCAAGUCAAUGGAGGAAAAGGAAACUGAUUGGGAGUGGAACGUUUGGGAAUGUAUAUGUAGCCACCAACAGUUACAAUGGUGCAUUAUGUGCGAUGAAAGAAGUUAAUAUAAUCCCUGAUGAUUCCAGAUCAGCUGAAUGCUUGAAGCAGUUGGAACAGGAAAUCCAGUUCCUUAGUCAGUUUAAGCAUCCGAAUAUUGUUCAGUACUAUGGAAGUGAAAUGAUCCAGAAUCAGCUUUACAUUUAUCUAGAAUAUGUUCAUCCUGGUUCAGUUAAUAAAUAUGUUCGGCAGUACUAUGGAGUUCUGCCUGAACGCAUAGUCCGCAGUUUUACUCAUCAUAUCCUUAAAGGCUUGGCUUACUUGCAUGAUAAAAAAAUCAUGCACAGGGAUAUCAAAGGAGCAAAUUUGCUUGUUGAUGUGAAUGGGGUUGUCAAACUAGCUGAUUUUGGGAUGGCAAAGCAUUUGAAUGGAGCAACGAAUUGUCAUUCAAUGAAGGGAUCAGCAUUUUGGAUGGCUCCAGAGAUGUUGCAGGCCACAAUGAACAAAAAAAUUGUUUAUGAUGUUGCUGUUGACAUCUGGAGUCUGGGUUGUACAAUCAUUGAGAUGUUCACAGGAAAUCACCCAUGGAGUGGCCUACAGGAGGCUCAAGCUAUGUUUAAUGUCUUGAAUUAUGAUCCACCAAUACCAGAGACUUUGUCCAUGGAGGGCAAAGACUUCCUCCAGUGUUGUUUCAGGAGGAACCCUGCAGAGAGGCCAACUGCUAAUAAGUUGCUUGAGCAUCCUUUUGUAGAAAGAUUCCAACAUCACAGCCUUAAUAGUCCUGUCCAGGCGAUUACAGAGAUUAGACCCAAUGAUUAUACUUUCAGUCCAAGCAAUGGAGGCAAGCCAAAACGUUGCCUGUUUGUGAAAAGGAAGCCUACAUCUAUUAUUGAUAACAUUCAACUGCCAUCUUAUCCUGAGAAUUUUGAGUCUGCUACAUCCCAUCUUUCAGCUCGUUUGAUCCCCAAGCUUUUUUCUAGCUUGUCUCCUCGAUCAAAAUUCACUGCAUCAAAUGCAGCGGGCUCGUCAACACUUACUCAACAUGGUGCUCUGUCAAGCGAUGGAAAACAUCAGCUGUAUGUACAGCGCAGAUUUGAGGGGAAAGAUUAUGCAACUUCGUUCUAAAAUGGAGUCGCUAUUUUCCAUAAGAUGUGUUUCAGAGACUAACAACUAAAUAGCUAUGAUCACUCAACCAUUGGGAUCCUAAUAAUCUGUAAAUAUCUUCUUUUAUAUAUAUAUAUAUAUUUAUAUAUAUAUAUAUUCUAAAAUUCUACUAAAUUUCUUUCUUUCUUUCUAUUCACAAUGAAACAAUUUGUUGACAGAUAAUCCCGAUGGGCCUGCUCAACCUUAAGCUAUGCUAUAGUGUGAGAGAGCUGAUUGUAAAUUGAUGUUCUUGCAUUACUGAACUUUGAAACUCUGUUCAAGUCCAUCAUUUAAAUGCAUCAUGUAUGAUAGUGUGAACGAUAAGUUAAAAUGUCAGUUUAGAUUUA